CUAGGAAAUGCUGAGUAGUGCCUUUCCUUCCCGGUCGGUCAAGAGGAAACGAGUCGGCGUUGCCUGUGCGACGUGUCGCGCGCAUAAGAUUCGCUGCGAUGGCGUCCGACCGCACUGUGGGACGUGUCUUCGGAGGAGAGAGACCCGCCAGCGUGACUGAGAACCAAAACCCGGCUCUCCUACCCACUGCGGAAAACGUGGUGCCUCAUGAGGAAUCGGACGUGACGGGAAUGGGACUCGUCUCGCGACCUCUGAACAGUGAUCGGCCGACGAGAGGGUUCUUCGGGGACUCGUCCACCAUCGCCUUCCUCAAGGAGUUGCAGGAUACAUUCCGUUCAAGGACGUCUGGUCCGCUGGGGGAUUUAUAUCAGUCUCGUACGUCUGGGGAUCUUGGAAGCCCUCGUACUCACUCCGGGGGUCCUCAGUCGAGCCAUGUUGAGUUACUCCCGCCGCGGCCAUUAUCAGACCAUCUCGUCGACUGCUAUUUCUCCAAGAUCCACGUUUUAUACCCAUUUGUGCACAGAGAGGCCUUCUACACUGCUUAUGAAGCGCUGUGGGAGCCAGAUCAACCCCCAUCUACUCCCCGAUCCGCUCGCGGUCUCGGGUUAGGCGACGAAAACGUGUCACGGACGACAUUCUACUACGCACUGAACGCCAUCUUUGCUACGGGAUGCCAGUUUUCAGACAUCGUUCGGCACGAGCGACAGACCGCGUCGGAAGCAUUUUUCCAGCGAUCCAAGCCCGCCCUGGACGUGGAUUAUCUCGAAGCCGGGGAUCUAGCGUUGACGCAGACCCUGUUGUUACUGACUCACUACGUGCAGAGUUCUCAGACGCCAAAUCGCUCCUGGCAUGCGGUCGGGAUGACGGUCAGGCUGGCCCAGGGGAUCGGGUUACACUCGGACGUGGGGAAUGAUAAUCGGUCGUUUGCUGAAGUUCAGAUCCGGAGAAGAGUGUGGCAUGCGUGUGUGAUGUUGGAUUUGGCGGUAAGUAUCAUACUUGGUCGGCCGGUUAUGAUUUCGCAAGCCCCGUCUACGUCAUUACCAGCGCCUAUUGAUGAUUGUUAUUUGCGGGUGGAAUCCGCGAUCUGCGAGCAGCCGCCGGGUGUUUUCUCUCGGGUCGAAUGGUUCAUUGCGACGCUAAAGCUGUACGAUAUUCUGCGCCGGGUGCUGAACUCUCUGUAUGAUAAUUACGGAGGCCGAGUUGCAGCAGAGCCUGUUGAUCGACGACGGGCCGAAAUCUUGUUCCAAAUCCAGAGUGUAACCCAGCUUGAUGCAGAGCUGGAAGACUUUCGCCAUCAGAUCCCGGCUCAGCUUUGUUGGGAUGCGCCUCUGGCUGAUGCUUCUCAGGAUCCGUUCCUUAGAGAGAAGUAUCUACUUCAAGCUAGGUUUUUGUAUUUGAAAAUUCUCGUCUGUCGCCCUGUGCUAUCUCAGUCUCUGCGCGAGACAUAUCUGUCGGAGGAUGGGAGCCAUCGGCCCGGGAAACCCGGAACAGGCAUAUAUGCGAAUUUCACCAAGGACUGCUCAACCUUUUAUGUGCAGGCUGCGAUCAGUCUGAUAUCCUUGGUGCAUGAGACCUGCAGCACGGAGUUGGCUAGCGUGUGGUUUUACAACGUCUUCUACGUGUUCACUGCAGCAUCGAUCAUUAUUCUCGCCGACUUGCAUCCCUAUGUCUCCUCUCCACUAACCCCUGAAGACUUGAAUGUCUCCUGGGAGAAAAGUCUAGCAUCUCUCGACUAUUUGAAAUCAUACAGCUCGUUGGCAGAGCGUUGUGCGAAUAGUCUGCGUACUAUUCGUUAUAAAUGCUCUAUGGCCGCAUCUGACCAGAUGCCGUUCUCCGAAGACCUGUUCCGCGAUCUAGAGUUUGACGACCAGACGCUUUUCGAUCCGUUUUGGUUCAACAUGGAUCUUGAGCACUAG